AUGAAAUUUUGGGGAGGGGCAUUUGUGAUAGCUGCUCAGCUUAUUAAUUUACUUCCCACUUCAGUUCUGAAUUUUGACUCACCAUCUCAGAGACUAUUUGGAAAAGCUCUAUCUUAUUCAAUGCUUAAGGUAUUCGGUUGCCUAUGCUUCUCUCACACGAGGCCGUACAACAAAGACAAGUUGGAAUUCCGAUCAGAGGCCUAUGUUUACCUAGGACCAUCCCCACAUUAUAAGGGAUUCAAGCGCCUCACUAAGUUGGGCAAUAUCAUCAUCACGAGAAAUGUUGUGUUUGAAGAAAGAGUAUUUUCCUUCAAAGACGAGAGUUAUGGCUUCACAUCUGCAACAACUACUCCGACAGUUCCAAUACAACAUCAUUCAGAAGAAGUUUACAUGAAGCAGCUAUUUGGAUAUGAAGCUGGAAAUGAUAAAAUGGUAACCAAAGGUAACUCCACAAUUUUCUUAUUUGUCUACGUGGAUGACAUUAUCGUAAUGGAUAGCUUAGCUGCUGUGAUUUCAGACUUGGUUAAGAGCUUAAAUGCUUGCUUUUCACUCAAAGAUUUAGGGGAUCUUCAUUAUUUCUUAUGGAUUGAAGUGAGGCCAAACCUUGAUGGUCUCUUACUUACACAAUCUAAUGGAAAUAUUAACGAGACAAUGAGGCUUACUUUAGCAGCUUUAGUUGGAAUUGUUUUUGGAUUUUCUCUAGGAGUAUCUUUUCCAACUGUAUCAUUAGUUAAGGUGACUCCCAGUACUCUCUUUCCAUGCCUUGAUCUUACAUAUGUUAAUGAUAAGUACACGGGAUUUCCAACCAAAUCAAUCUGGGAUGCAUGGGCUUCAUUGAAGGGAAACAAAAGCAUGUUGCAUGCGCAUCACAACAUAAGUGAUACAAAGAUCUGGGUAGCUACAAAUCCUCGAGGAGCUGAAAGGCUUCCUCCUGGUAUAAUCAAACCUCAGUCAGAUUUCUUUCUUCGUCGAUUAUGGGGCCAACCCAGUGAGGACCUAAUUGUCAAGCCAAAGUAUCUUGUAACCUUCACUGUUGGAUAUAAUCAAAGAUACAACAUUAAUGCUGCAGUGCAAAAGUUCUCUUCAAACUUCACGAUUGUAUUGUUUCACUAUGAUGGGCGGGCUAGUGAGUGGGAUGAAUUUGAAUGGGCAAAGAGAGCUGUCCAUAUCUCUGCAAUCAAGCAAACUAAAUGGUGGUAUGCAAAACGUUUUUUGCAUCCUCACAUCGUGGCUCCUUAUGAAUAUAUCUUUAUUUGGGAUGAGGACUUAGGUUUGGAACAUUUUGAUGCAGAGGAGUACUUAAAAAUGGUUAAGAAACAUAACUUGGAGAUAUCACAGCCCGGUCUAGAUCCAAUUAGUAGUUUUACAUGGCAGAUGACAAAGAAAAAGGAUGAAGGUGAAGUCCACAAGAUGGUUGAUGAUGGCGGGUGGUGGCAAUGUAGUGAUCCACAUUUGCCACCUUGUGCUGGAUUUGUGGAGAUUAUGGCUCCUGUCUUUUCUUCAGAUGCAUGGCGUUGUGUAUGGCAUAUGAUACAGAAUGAUCUAAUUCAUGGAUGGGGCCUCGAUUUUGCUCUAAGACGAUGCGUUAAGAUUCCUCAUGAGAAUAUUGGAGUUGUUGAUACUCAGUGGAUUGUCCAUCAAAGUGUUCCAUCUCUAGGGAACCAGGGGCACGCAGAAGAUGGUAGAGCACCAUGGGAAGGGGUGAGAGAAAGGUGUCAUAAAGAAUGGACAUUGUUUCAAGAUCGUAUGGCUAAUGCAGAGAGAGAUUAUUUUCAAGCAAUGGGAAUUAUUCCACGGAACACGACAGGUAGUUAG